AUGGGUCUCCUGACGGCUAUCUGGCGGGCGAUAACCCAUACCAAAGCCUUGGAGGACUCCAGUGGCGAAUUGGAAACUACGUUUUUUGAAACAGUGUAUCGUAUCACUUAUAUUGCAGGGUUGUCGAUCUCCGACCACGGUUUCUUCUACAAGCUGUACAGCACCACGGUGAAGCUGAUGAUAGCGACGUUCAUGGUCGGCGAGAUGUGGUACAUGCUCACCUUCGUGAGUUCUCUCGACAUGGUCAUCGAGCAGAUGAAUGUUAUGGUCAUACAGGUGAUGGCCCUGUUCCGGUACAGGUACAUGAGAAUGCACGAGAACGUGUACAAGAAACUAGCCAUGUCCAUGCAGAUUAGGAUGUCGAACCUGGACACGUCGACUCCCGCGAGGAAGGCGCUGGCGCAGCACUGGAUGGAGAGGAGCGAGACGUACUUGAAGCUCAUGCUGGGGUUGGGCAGUCUCACACUAGCUGCCUGGUACGUUUACCCUCUGGUGGACGACAUAGAGUACAACCUAACUGUGGGCCUACGUCUAGGCGUGGACUUCAACAGGCCCUCGCGCUACCCCAUCGCGUAUAUUAUCCACAUCGUCGCCUUCCACUACACGGCCUUCUUUAUCAUGGUCAAUGACGUCAUCAUGCAGGCGCACCUCAUACACCUUAUCUGCCAGUACACGGUGCUGGCUGACUGCUUCGAGAAUAUUCUGGUCGAUUGCGAGAAGGAUUUCAAAGGUAAAGUUGUGACGUUCCAGAUUCAUAUAAAAGAUACUACACGUUGUACUUCAGCAGACCUCAUACACCUCAUCUUCCAGUACGCCUUGCGCUACUCCAUCGCCUACACCAUCCACGGAGUCGCCUUCCACUACACGGCCUUCUUCAUCAUGGUCAAUGACGUCAUCAUGCAGGCGCACCUCAUACACCUCAUCUGCCAGUACACGGUGCUGGCUGACUGUUUCGAGAAUAUUCUGGUCGAUUGCGAGAAGGAUUUCAAAGGUUUGAGCAGAGAUGAACUUGUUUGUGAUAACCACUUCAGAAAAGUUUACAUUUCUCGGCUGGGCCUGCUGACUGAACAACACAAAAAUAUUUUGAUGCACACUAUGGAGCUCCGUAAAACCAUAAGCCCCCCGAUGUUGGGACAAGUGGCGGCAAGCGGCUUGCAAAUUUGUUUUGCUGGUUACCAAGUCGCGCUGACGUUGACGGCGAGCUUCACUAAGUUCUUCAUGAGUCUGCUGUUCCUCGGCUACAACUUGUUCGAGCUGUUCGUAGUCUGCCGAUGGUGCGACGAGAUUAAAAUUCAGAGCGAAAAUAUACGCAACGCGCUAUACUGCUCCGGCUGGGAGUGCGGCGUGGCCAACAUGGCCGGAGUGCGCGCGCGCUUCUUGCUGGUCAUCACGCGAGCCUCCAAGCCAUUCGUGCUCACAGCGGGCGGGAUCACAGACCUGUCGCUCAACUCCUACUCUAACUUGGUGAAGACAUCAUACAGUGCUCUUACAGUUUUACUUCACCUGCGUCACGAGUAAACAGUAAACACCGUCAGUUCAGCACAAUCCAAGCGUAGCUAAAGCUUGAACAGCGUAAAGCACAUGUACUCCCUGUUCUAGAUCAUUCGCAAUUUACUCUUCAGUCGCAAAAAGCUUGUCAUCAAUGAAUUCCAC